UAUGGCAUGCCUACGCAUCAGGUACCAUAGGCACUUGCCACUCGGGGUUCUUGGAUAAGUGACUUGACAAAAUUUCAUCUUGGACUUAGGUUUCGGACAACGACUGCCGCGUCGCUAGAGUGAACAAGGAACCAUGCUUGGUGAAUUUUUUCGAUCAACCUUUAGCCUUUAAGAGUGACAAAGGAGAUCUGGAUCUGGUCAUUGAUUACUAUUCUAUUGAUCAACUGCCGAGUCAUUUACGCUCCUGGAGCUUUGAGCUGGUGAAAUCCAAUUUGUAUCACAUGUACGCUGCUUCUAAAGAUGGCUGGCAUGACGAACAAAAAAAAGAAGAAAUGCGAGGGCCGGAAGCUCGCUAUCUUAUUGCUCGAUCGGCUUCCGAUCCUUCCGAUCUGAAAGGAUUCUUAUUAUUCCAAAUGACCUAUGAAGAAACAAUGGAUGAUGACAAGAUGGCCGCCGUAGCCUACUGUUACGAACUACAGUUGGUACCGGAAGCUCGGAAUCAAGGUUUAGGAGAGUAUUUGAUGCAACUGUUGGUGGAUAUUGGGCAUCACUGGGGAAUGGAAAAGGUGAUGCUGACAGUAUUUAAAGCAAACAAAAGCGCAAUUCGGUUUUACACAAAGAAGCUCGGAUUUGAUUUGGAUGAAAUCUCUCCAGGGGCGUGUUUAUCAGCUCUGCAAGCCCGUAAAUUUGACUAUGAAAUUUUAAGCAAACCAUGCUAAAGAUUCCACCGAAGAAUGGAUUGCGGUUCGAGAGGACAUUUUGAAAAAAUUUGCUAACGUCAGUUACAGUCUGUUUGUCGUGCUGUUUGUUUAUAUGGAAAAAUAGACCAUGUCGUCUAAAGUUUAAGGGCUGAGGUUGAGUUUGUAUCAAGGUACCUUGAAAUGGGUAAUGUCAAUGA